AUGCUUGUUCUCCUCACCUUCGUCCUUGCCUUCUUGAUGCCUUCGUCAGGCCAGCGCUUGACGAAGGAAGAAUGCGCUCGUCCUCGUGCAUGUACCCGCGAGCUAGACUACAUGUGCGGCUCGGACGGCGUCAGCUACGGCAACCCGUGCCUCUUUCGAUUUGCCCAGUGCGACAACCCCAAGCUAUUCCUUCGUGCCAUUGGGCCGUGCGAGGACCCAUUGGUUCUUUGUCCAUUGUCGUGUGGCUAUUCCUACGCGCCUGUGUGCGGCUCGGACGGUAUCACCUAUGCCAAUGACUGCGAAUUCCGUAAAGCUAAGUGCCACACCCUGUCCUUGAGUAUCGUCAAAGCCAAUGGCGCAUGCGAAGCCGAGACCCCACUACACGAGGAAGACCGCCAUGACGACUGCCCCGCCGCUUGCAUCGCGUUGUGGGACCCCGUCUGUGGCACGGAUGGCAAAACAUAUGGCAACUCGUGCGAAUUGGCCAUGGCCAAGUGCAAGCAAGGAUCUACGUCGACGCUGGCAAUUCUCCACAAAGGCGAAUGCACUGACAAGAAAGUGCACGAGCGUAUCGCUGGGCACGACAGCCUCGUGAUCGUCGCCGCCUGCGUUGCUUUCCUCGCCGCCGCAUCGUCGGUAGAGAACGACACGUCCGACCAUUGUGCCAGUAUUCGAGGCUGCACCCGCGUCUACAUGCCUGUGUGCGGUAGCGACGGUGUCACGUACGGCAACGAUUGCCUACUCAAGUUGGCGCAAUGCUCUGAAAAAACGACCCUGGAGCUUGUCUCCGAAGGUGAAUGCAGCGAAAAGCGCGAGCUAUCGGAAGCGUGUCCCAACACGUGCAUUGAGAUUUACCAACCCGUGUGUGGUACGGACGGCAACACGUACGACAACGAAUGUGUGCUUCGACAGGAGACGUGCCGUGCACACACCGUCGUGGGUAUCGCCUUCGAAGGCGAGUGCAGCGAAAAACGCGAGCUUACGGAAGCGUGUCCCGAUGCGUGUAUUGAAAUUUACCAACCCGUGUGUGGCACGGACGGAAACACAUACUCCAACGAAUGUGUGCUUCGACAGGAGACGUGCCGCGCACACACCGUCGUGGGUAUCGCCUUCGAAGGCGAGUGCGACGUGCACGCCAACGUCCACGUCCGACAAGCCGACCCAGAGUGCCCCCAAGCGUGCCUGGAGAUCUUUCAACCAGUGUGUGGCUCGGAUGGUGUCACUUACGAGAACGAGUGCUCCAUGAAGCGCGACGCGUGUGCCAAGCACAUCAAGCUCACCGUCGUGCGACAAGGCGACUGCGACGGAAAGUGGCCCCUCGGCGUGUGA